AUGAUUAGACCGACGCAGUUCCUGCUCCAAGGCUCCGGAAAGUACCGCCACGUCCGGCUCACAACCAAAGAUGUCGGCAGGGGCUUUUACAAGGGUAACCGCACCGGUUCCAUGGGCCGCCACACAAAGUACGGAACGUACCAGAUCGACUGGAACAAAGUGCGGACAUAUGUCGUGCCGGAUCUGAGCGGCUGCCAGCUCACGCCCUACGUGAGCGCGCAGAUCACAAAACCGGAAAGCUCCUACAAGGGGAUACCCAGCGGACCGCGAGACCCGUAUCUAUACAUUGAGAACUGGAAGGACAAGAACCAGGUCGAUUAA